UCAUCGGGGCUGGGUCCGUUAAAGUACAUAAUUACCAAUAGAAGCAUUCGAUGACAUACGUUUCUUGCAGAAUCAAGCUAUAAUGCAUUGCUGAAAUGCUUUUCAGAUUUUAUGUAAUAUUCUAUCAAUAAUAACGCAACAAAAUAUAUUGAUUAAAAAAAUACAUCAAGAUUUCUUCUAGCUAGUUAAUGACUAUAAUAAAUAUUAAUCAAGUUGUUAUUGAUACUAUACUGUUUCUAUUUACAUUUAGUACUACAACAAAAUAUUUUGAAGUCCCAUUUCUAGUUACAUUUUAAAUCCUUCACUAAGCAGGAGACAAAAUUAAUUUCAAGUAACAGAUUGGUGAUUGUAUCUACUUUAUUAGUUAAUUCCAGACUUUAGAUGUAUGUACCUAUAUAAAAUCGAUGAGCUGCUCCGUUCAAGGCACAUGCGAACGUCACGACUGCACACAACGCACUGAAACGCCAAGAACUAUAGAGCGUUAGAAAAGGGAACUGCGCUUGCGUGAAUUUCCAUCUCCGGCAUCAUUUUUGGAAUAUUUUUCCGUGGGAAAGAAACACACGUUGAAAUUUUUCUUUUUUUCAUGUAACAUAAAUUUCUUAAUAAUUAAAUUGAGAGCCUGUCUCAUGCGAAGACAUUAAACUGUCAUCAAACAGCUGUUACAAUUGCAUGGUAGUAUUAUGCACCAUUUUGCGUUACGUUUAUGCCAAUUUAAACAAUUUAAAUAAUUUACCUGGAAAUUACAUACGCGAGGCGAGGGAAGUCAUAAAACACUCUUGUGAUGUCUCCACCAUCCUCUCAGUGGAGGAAUCGCUAUAUAUUGUCAUUUCGCAGUCAAAUGCGAAGCUUCACUGACUACAAAUAAUGGUCUGUAUUAAGAAGCGGUUCUUUAACCCCAGUCGGCUACUUCUGCUCGCUUUCGGCUUGUGGCCUGAUAAGGAAACGAUAUUCACCCGGUUUCAGGCAACAUUUCUUUGCAGUUUUUUGAUAAGCAGCAUUGUAUUUCAACUUUCAAGAGUUUUCAUUGCAGAAUGUAACUUCGAUCUUAUUGUGAGAAUAGUCUCUUCCACGACAUUCUUUACCAUGCUUACGAUUCUACCCUUCUCAUUUUGGGUUAAUAUAAAAACUAUCACAUAUUUAUUGGACCAACUGCAAUACAUCUACGACCGGCUAAAGGAUAGAAACGAAAUUGCUAUCUAUGACAAAUAUGGAAACACUGGAAAACAGUUUGCGACUAUAGUAAUAAUACUUCUUGUAUGCGGCCUAUCUGGUAAUUCUGUCAUAAUAUAUUGGCCAUACAUUCUUGAUAUCGUUGUACCGAAAAAUGAGUCUUAUGCAAUUCACAUGAUGCAAUUUGUGACCGAGUACUUUAAUGUCUCAGAGAAAUAUUAUUUUUUAGUCGUUGUUCAUUUGAAUGCAGCCUGUUCUACAGGGUUAAUUGUAUUAGCAGGGACGGGAACAAUAUUUUUUUCGUAUUUGCAGCAGACCUGCGGUAUGUUUGAAAUUGCCAGCUAUCGUAUUGAACAAGCAAUGGCGACCGAGUUGUUACAUAACUUUGAUAUAAAGAAUACAAUUGGAAUAUGCAGAGAGAUAAUAUGUGCCAUAGAUAUACAACGUCAAGCUAUGCAGUGUGCUAAAGGCUUCAUAACUAGUAUGGAAGGAACAAUUUUUGUUUUGGUAAUAACUUUGGUACUUUGUGUGAGUUGCAAUCUUUUUCGAAUAUUUCAAAUUGAAUCACCUAUGGAGAGGAUGGACGAGGUUUUAUUACACUUUUCGGCUGUAUUUAUAGUUUUGAUGAUCAUGUUCUUAUCCAGUUAUGUUGGACAAGAUGUUACAGAUCAUAGUAAUUACGUAUAUGUAAUUACAUACAACGUUGCAUGGUACUUAGCACCGUUACACAUACAGAAACUGAUACUGUUUCUACUACAAAGAAGCAAUAAAAGUUGCACCCUGAGUGUCGGUGGAUUAUUUACAGCAUCUUUAGAAUGUUUUGCAACAGUAAAGCUAUUUCAUUUAUUUGUAGGCAUUGUUGAAGCAAGCAGGUUAUUGGAUUCCACAGGCUAGAAAAGGAUUCAUUUUUCUUUUACUAAGAAAUUUAAGUUUUUACAUAUAUGGCAUAGUUACUCGAUCGUAUUAAUCGCAUAAGAGUGAGCGUGAUUAUCUGACCAAUAAAAGGUCGACUCACUCAGCACGAUGAAGAAGAAAGUCAUAUAACUUUUAUGGAAGUAUUGCGCGCGUUAUCCUUGUUUUAAUGUUUUUAUAUUGCUAAUGGAAGCAUAAAAAACUUGCUCCAACACAUAUUAUAUACAUUGAUUAUAAUUAUUAUAUAUAUAUUGUACGUAUUUCUAUAAUAUAUCAACACAUUUAUUAAAUACUUAUAAAUUUAUUAUGAUAUGUGUAAAAUACAGUAUAUGAAUAAUGUCGCAUAUCUUGUGCAAAUAUUGCAAACAGAAACGUACUUGUUUGCAGCUGUUUCAAGCAUCAAUGUCCUACUUCACCUUCAUGUACUCCAUGCAGUAAUAACAAGCAGAUAACUAGUCUGAUAUAUGAGUAUAUUAG